GGGAGGCGAGGCUGCAUCCAUCUCUGGCAUAACUUUGCCCGUGUUCCUUCCCCAAGGUAUGUCCUGGGUGGUGGUGCCAUCUGCAUGGAGCUGCUUACCAAACAGGGCUGGAGCAGCGCAUACUCCAUCGAGUCUGUGAUCAUGCAGAUCAGUGCAACUCUGGUGAAAGGGAAAGCACGAGUGCAAUUUGGAGCCAAUAAGAAUCAGUACAGCCUGACAAGAGCACAGCAGUCCUACAAAUCCCUGGUUCAGAUCCACGAGAAGAACGGCUGGUACACACCGCCCAAGGAGGACGGCUAGCGCAGACGCUGCGGGACCCAUCUGCUCGCUCCCAAACGCUGUGCUCGGAUCUCACCGCGCCUCUCCGGCUUUCUCCCAGGAUAUCAUAGCUCUGCCUGUUGCAGGACAAUAAUGGCUGUUAUCAACUUUAAAAGAAAACUGUUUAAGCAGUCGGACUGACUUAAAACACUUGCUGGACCCUUGUUAGCAGGCAUUCUUUAUUAAAACAAACUUUUGAGCCUCUUGUAUCGCUGGAAACUUUCGACUCUACUCCAGUCUAGAGCGUCCUCCUUACCUAUGCUAUGGAUUUAAUUUAUUUUCUUAUUUCAUGUACACUGCUUUUUUUUGUUACAGUGUAUGAUGGAUGUGUAUGGAAAAUGUAUCUUUGGAGAAAAAUUACAGUUUGUUAAUUUGAA